AUGUUCAAGAUUUCUUUAAAAUCCUGAGAGAAAUCAACUCAUAGCUCUAGCCGAUCAAGGCUAGGUAUCUUCUUAUAUAUUUUUUCAAGGUCGUCUAGUAGUAGCUGGUCUCCCUUCCAUUGCUUCUGAGGGACAAUCUUCUGUUUGAGCUUCUUUUUACCUGGAUUACUAUCGACAGAAUGAGUAUUACCGAACACCACCUUAUUCCUACUGAGAGGCAUAGCAUAUGUGUUCUGUGAAGCUUCUUCUUGCUGCUUCUUAUUACUGCUAUGCUGCCUAGUUUUGUUCUCCUUGCCUUUCCUCACAGAGUUCUUGUGAGGUUUACCAGCAGAAGAGAGGUCAAGCUCAAUAUUAUUUAGAAGCCUCUUCUUUCAUCUUAUUUUCUUUAUUUAAGCUUAUGUAUAAUUUUAUCUUUCUUUUGUAGCUCUUCCAUAUGAGUCUUUGUCAUGUCCUGGUUUUGGAUUUCAAGAUGAGCAAUUCUCUCGUUUAGUGAGAAUAUGCUCUUUUCCUUGUUAUCUGCUUCUAGUUUUAAAAUUUGAUUUUGUUCUCUCAAUUUCUGGACUUCUUCUCUUAAUUUCAGCAAUUCAUCCAUCUGGAAUGCAUUGGUCAUGAAGUCUCCAUUGCUGUUGAUAUUCUUAACAGAAUUACUUUUGACUGCAAUAUUUGGGUCGUAAUGCUGCGGGAUGAUAUUAUUCUGGACGUUUCUGUUUCUAUUUUUGAUUCAAAAUAUCGCUAAUUUUAACAUGGGACAAGUCAUUAUUGGGCUUUAAGUUAACUCUUCCUAAUUCGUUGAAAAAUGGAUCAUAGGCCCCUCUGGCACUCUCAAUUCCUCUCUUCUGAGCUUGGCUCUUAGGCCGAUGAGGGUACACAAACUCUGAGGAUGGAUUGUAGUCUAUCGUACGUA